UCCGGUCUGCACAUUCAAAUACUCUUUUCUUGUUGUUGCUUACUGGUUUGAUAUUAAUCUUGUUAGUUUUUCUGUGUACUAUUCGGAUGUAGUGACAACUAAGGCUGUGUCCCCAUUGUUUCAUUCUCUAGUUCUGUUUUCUCUUCAAUUAUGGCUGAGAAACCUGACCCUGAAUUAGAUGAGCUGCUGGCUUCGGCAGCAGCUGAUUUUGCCAAAGCCAAACCAGAAUCAACACCAGCUCCUGCAAACUUUGAUCCAAGUAUGAUGCUGAAUCCUGAUGGAUCUUUCAAUGCUGAGAAGUGGAAGGCAUGGCAAGAAGACCAGAGAAAAGCCAUUGAUUCAGAAUCUAAGAAAGCUGAUGAAGAAUUUGCCAAUUCUGAUUUAGGCAAGGAACUUGGCUUAAAGUUACAAGAAGGUUUUGCGGCAGCUGCUGCUGAAAGUGGCCUAUCUACUGAUGAGCUGAAUGAUCGUCUUAAGAGCUUAAAUAUGUUAGUUGAAUCAGCAAUUGCCCCUGGUGCUGCUGCAGCGUCUGGAGCGGAUGUUGAUAAGGAUUUUUCUGAGGCUAUCAUGGGGGCUAUGCAGAGUUUGAAAGCCAAUCUAAGUGAAGCUUUCCCAGCAGCGAAGGAAGGGGAAGAAGGUGAUGGCCAAGAUGCAUCUGGAAACGAGAUGGAGAAUUUAACCACUUUUAUGCAGCAAAUGAUGCUAUCUUUACUCUCAAAGGAACUUUUACUUCCCCCCUUCAAAGAAUUGUCAGAAAAAUACCCAGCCUGGCUUGAAGAGAAUAAGUCAAAAAUAAGUGAAGAAGAUUUUAAGCGCUACACUGAACAGUUGGAAGUUACUCGAGAAAUUGUAGCAGAGCUUGAGAAAGAAGGAUCAGAAGAUGAUAAACAGCAUUUGGACACCAUGGUGAAGUUAAUGGGAAAGGCACAAGAUCUUGGGCAACCUCCCCCGGACCUUGCUGCACAACUUGGAAAUGCCAUUGAUGAUACUAAAAUUGAUGCUAUGCUGAAAGACAGUGGAGCUGACCAAUGCAAUAUCAUGUGAUGUGUUUGUAAGUGUGAACAUCCUGGCUGCAUCUCUCAUAUACACAUUCUCUUUGUCAGUUUAUGUUGUUGUUUUGAAUGAGACUGUCAAGUUUAUGUUUUUAUUUCAAUGAUUUAAUUAUCAAAUUGUGUUGAUUGUGUUGAUCUGUGUCACUAAUUUAGUUAGUUUUGUUUGAUUUUUCUGUUUGCACCUUUACAUUUUAUUAUUAUUAUUAUGAUGUGAGAGUCAUUUGGAGCAUCCCUGUUCAUACUACCUACCUCAUUUGGUUCUACAAAGAGCUUCCAUUGGAGUUAUCUGUGAUUGAGUACCUUAGCUUCUGGAGGAUUGUCCAAGUCUAUGCAUACACCCUACUUUUACUGAGAGAUACCUAGUUUGAAAACACGGGAAAAAUGACACUGUUUUCUUUACAUUGGGUUUGCUAUGUUGCAAAAAAUAUUAUGCAGAAUUGGGAUACAAAGACUUAGUAAGUGAAUUUUGGUGCUGUUGAUUUGUUUUAAUUUUCAGUUUACAUUAGUUAGAAGAACUAAGUUAUUUACAAUGCAUUAUUAUUAAAUUAAUAAACAUAAUUUUGCAUGA